AUGAGGCUCUCUAGCAUAUUACAGCUGCCUGUGCUGCUGGCAUCAUCUCUACUGGCACCCAUACCCCAUGUCGCGGCCGAACACACCAGUAAUUGGGCCGUCCUGGUUGGCACCUCGAGGUUCUGGUUCAACUACCGCCAUCUGUCCAAUGUACUGUCCAUGUACCGCACCGUCAAGCGACUGGGCAUCCCCGACUCCCAGAUCAUCCUCAUGCUGCCCGAUGACAUGGCCUGCAACCCGCGCAAUGCCUUCCCAGGCACAGUGUACAGCAACUCGGACCGCGCCGUGGACCUGUACGGAGACAACAUCGAGGUCGAUUACAGGGGCUACGAGGUGACCGUCGAGAACUUUAUCCGCCUGUUGACCGACCGUGUCGGCGACGAGAUGCCCAGGAGCAAGAGGCUGUUGACCGACGACCGGAGCAACAUCUUUGUGUACAUGACUGGCCACGGCGGGAACGAGUUCUUGAAGUUCCAGGAUGCCGAGGAGAUUGGCGCUUUUGAUCUGGCAGAUGCUUUCGAGCAGAUGUGGGAGAAGAGGAGGUAUCACGAGAUCCUCUUCAUGAUCGACACCUGCCAGGCGAACACCAUGUACAGCAAGAUUUACUCGCCUAACAUCAUCGCCACCGGCUCCUCCGAGCUGGACCAGUCGUCCUACUCCCAUCAUGCCGACAACGACGUCGGGGUCGCCGUCAUCGAUCGAUACACCUACUACAAUCUGGAGUUCUUGGAGUCGGAAGUCCAGGACCUAAGCAGUAAGAAGACAGUCGGGGAGCUGUUUGACAGCUAUACCUACGAGAAGAUCCAUUCGCAUGCCGGCGUGCGAUACGAUCUGUUCAGGGGUGGUACCGACGCCGCUCGCAGUCGACUGCUGACCGAUUUCUUUGGGAACAUACAGAAUGUUGAAGUUGACGGUGCGAAGAAUACGACCAUGGACGAGGAGAUGCUCGCGCUUAGCAAGACGAUUGCGCAGCUGAGGGAGAUUGCCGCAGAGGAAGAAGCGGCGGCCAGCAAUGCCUCCCAGCCAGCCAAGAGCGAGCCAACUCGCUCGCAGAAGAAGAUUCAGCUGGCCAAGCCCCUGACCGACGAGAAUUGGUGGACCAAGAAGCUCGUUGGUGCGACGGCGUUGGCGGGAUGCACAGCGCUGUGGGCUCUGGGGUCAUAUUUAGAGGCUCCAAGGAAUUGA